CACGGAAAAAGUCAUUCAGAAUGAGGCGUGUGCCCAAGACUGUGAGUACUGUGGUUGAUGUGCAGUGCUGCUGCGAUUCUAAAUUAGUUGGUGGAUUGGUGUGUGGUACCAAGCAUUUCAGGUUACUCGACAGAAACAAUGAAAGAACAGAGAUUUGUAGUGUUUUAGGUCUUAUUAGGCAUAAAGUGUCAAAUGUGUGUACUUGGAAGGCUGGUGUGAUGGAUUCAAUUUGUGAUGAAGGAAGGAUACUUUUGGAGGAGAGGAAACCUACAAAGGGUUUGGCUGGUAGAUAUAAUGCUUUCAACAGAGUGGCUGAUGUUUCUCUAGGUAAAGUAAUUUGUGGUUCUUAUGAUUACUUGGAGUUUUCUAGCGCUUUACAAGAGACAUUGCUUGAUCAACAGUCCUGUUUGUUAAACUUAGAUGGAUAUCACUGUGCAGUUGUGUAUCACAAUGAAUAUUUCAUUGUUUUGGAUUUUAACGCUUGCAAUUCUUCUGGUUUGCCGUGUGACUUUGGCGUCUGUGUAGCACAAUUUCACACUAGUCUGAAUGAAACCAUGCUGUUUUUCACAACAUUGCUUGAGAAGCUAAAAGCAAAGGUGUUCUCUGUUGCUAGUGUAAUGGUGAGGUUGGCUGAUGAACAGGUUUCAUCAAUGCAUUGUCCAAGUACUGCUAACGGUAUGCAUGAAAGUCCUGUGAAAAUCUCUGAACAAAAAGUCUGUGUUCCAGAAGGUGUUGAACUGAAGGAGUGUUAUGUUAAUUUGAAAAGGAUGGCAAAUGAUAACGCUGGAAAGUCUACUGUGCAAACCCCCAAAAAAAGGAAAUUAGUCAAAAUGGAAGCUAUCCAUGAUUCAGAUGUUCAGUGUGAUAUGAACAAUGUUCGAUGUGUCCAGGGUUCUUUUCAUCAAGGGCAUUCUAGAUUUGGGAGAAACGGUGGGCGUCAAUGUGUGGCUAAUUCAUUAGCAGCUAUGGUAAUGCAUGAAAAGAAAAACGUCAUUGGGUGGAAUACAAAAUAUUUGGACAGUGUUCUCAUUUCAGGAAACAAAUUUUAUUCGUUUUGCAAAACACAAGGACUAAUUACUGAUGGUAGUGAAAGCCAGUAUCUGCUUGUAACAGACUUGCCACAAACAGCCAGAAUUGAUGAUUCUGAAUAUACUUUUACAUUUAGUGACCCCGUGGUAGGGGAUGUGAAUGUAGAGGAUGGCGAACUUCUCAGAUCAGGCAUUGCAUAUAGUUUAAUAAGUGGUCUAGAAAAAAUCUUUUCAAUGCAUGACAGAUGUUUUUUCACUUAUGAUCAGAGGACCUGUGCUAUAAUUCGCGUAAAUGAUCAGUUUGCUUUGAUUGAUUCUCACGCACGAGAUGUGUAUGGUAGGACAAACAGUCAGGGGAAAAGCAUUGUUCUGUACUUUCCUUCACUUCAUGACAUUGUUGCUUUGGUGCAUGUGUGGGUUUUAGAUAGAGAGACACUGCUUGAAUCAAAUGAUUUUGAGAUUACGGGGGUUGAUAUUUGUCCUGUUGUGAGUAAUUUGGAAAACAAUGAAAGUUGCUUGGAAAGAGUAGUUGGUAACACUAGUAAGUGUAUGUUGGUUGAUGAUUCUAGUUCUUCUUACUCAUCUGAAGAUACACAUGAUGUUACUUUCAUGAAGGAAUUGCCCAGUGUAAAGUAUCAGUUUAGUGUACUGUGUAAAGAUGUAGGUCAGGGUAUAUGUAAUAAGCUGAAUGUAAGUUUUGAAAAGAGGUCUAGCAUGGUGCCAGGCAGGUAUGGGGAUUUAGGAAAACCUUGUAAAACAGAAAAUAUAGUGGGUGAUGGAAACUGCUUCUUCAGGUGUAUAUCACAAGUAGUCAGUGGUAAUCAAGCAUACCACCGUAGAUUUAGACUUGCUAUAGUAAAACACAUGCAGGCUAAUGAGGCUCAGUACAGUACAGACAUAAGACAGGAUUACACAUCGCUGAAGGAGUACUUAGAGAGGUCUAGAAUGAAUUUUGUUGGAAGUUGGGCAACAGAUAUUGAAAUCCAAGCUGCAGCAGAUUUUCUAGGUGUAGAUGUUUACACUUACACUAGUGAUAAAUGGCUGAAGUUUAACUGCAGGGGCUCAAAAGUUACAGAGGAUGGAAUUUAUUUGGUUCAUAGAAAUGGGAACCACUAUGAAACUGUUGUGUGCGUGAAACGUGGGAGUUGUCAAGAUUGCCAUAUGUUGUGUAAAAUACAUGAGUUAAAUAAUGCAUGCCCUAUGCAAACACGCUCUGUAGGAAACAAUCAAGCUAGUAGUCAGAGUUUGAUAACAGCAGGUGAAUCCCACAUAAACAAAUGUGCACUGAAACACAAAGGUAGUGAUAUAGAAAAAACAGACAGAAAGAGGAGAUGUUUAAAUAUCACUGAGGCUGAUUGUAAGGAAGCUACAGAGCAUACAGCAGUUUUAAAAUGUCCUAAACAAAUAAAAUCUAAAUACAUGAGAGAAAAGUACAAAAAUGCAAUGAAAGUGCAUUACAAAACAAACACAAUCUAUAGAAACCAGAUAAAGAUGCAUAAUGUCAACAAGUACAAAAAAGACACCAGUCAUCGUUCAAAACUGAUUGUGUGUAUGAAAUUAAGAUACACAAAUGAUGAAAAAUACAGGUUUAAUGUUCGAAAUCGCAGCAAAAGCAAAUAUGCUACUAAUGAACACUUUAGGCAACAGCUCCAUGAAUUUAGCAAACAUAAAUAUGCGACUGAUACAGAAUUCAGCAAAGCAGUUCGUGAAUUCAGUAAAGAUAAAUAUGCUACUCACACAGAAUUCAGUAAAGCAGUUCGUAAAUUCAGUAAAGAUAAAUAUGCUACUCACCCAGAAUUCAGCAAAGCAGUUCGUAAAUUCAGUAAAGAUAAAUAUGCUACUCACCCAGAAUUCAGCAAAGCAGUUCGUAAAUUCAGUAAAGAUAAAUAUGCUACUCACCCAGAAUUCAGCAAAGCAGUUCGUAAAUUCAGUACAGAUAAAUAUGCUACAGACGCAGAAUUCAGCAAAGCAGUUCGUAAAUUCAGUACAAAUAAAUAUGCUUCUCACCCAGAAUUCAGCAAAGCAGUUCGUAAAUUCAGUAAAGAUAAAUAUGCUACAGACGCAGAAUUCAGCAAAGCAGUUCGUAAAUUCAGUAAAGUGAAAUAUGCUGACAACCUAAAGUUUAGGUGUGCAGUUCGGGAAAAUGUAAAAAAGAAACGUGCUGUUUUAAAACAAAAUCUUGAAAGUUUUUCUCAAGUUUUAAAAGACUUUAAUUCUAUCAUAAGGAAUGGGCCAGAUUUCGUAUGUUGUGUUUGUCAUAGGUUGCUCUUUAAGCAUCAAGUGUCUCUUUGUAAAAUUGAUAAGUACAAGACUACAAAGGAAAUGCAGGCAGUAGCUGAGCACUGUAUCACUGAAGAUUAUCUACAUAAGUGUGGUCCAGGGUGUGAUGUUCCAUGCAACUGGUUGGCAACAAGCAAAUCUCAGUUGUGGAUUUGUCACAAUUGUGAUUUUAAACUCUGCCAAAGUAUAAUGCCUCCAGAAAGUGUUUUAAAUAACUUGCAGCUUGAAACAGUACCACCAGAGCUCAGUUGUCUAAACAGUUUAGAACAACAUUUGGUAGCUUUACAUAUUCCGUUUAUGAAGCUCUUAGCUUUACCUAAAGGAGCACAAAAUGGUGUUCAUGGACCAGUUACUUGUGUUCCUUCAAAUGUUGUUGAUACAACAAACUUGCUACCACGAGCUAAUGUAGAGGGGUCUCUGAUGCGUGUUAAGUUAAAACGUAAGUUAACAUAUAAAGGGCAUUACGAAUAUAAAUAUGUGAACACUGAGCAUGUAAAGAGAGCAUUGCAGUAUUUGAAAAAAAACAACCCAUAUUAUGCUAACAUAAAUUACAACGAAAAUUGGUUAAAUGAAUUUGAAGAAUCAAGUCAACAAAAUAUCAAUGAAAAUGAAAUUUACUCAUCGCUUUCAAAUCAUAGUUGUGUUGACACAGAAGAGGCAGAUAAUGUCAAUUUCACAGCUGACCACACAGAACAACCACACAUCGAAUCAGAUGAGACUUUACAUGACAGACAAACGCAUGGUAUGUUUAUGGAUACGUGUCUUCAGCCAGUUGAUUUAGGCCAAGAAAUCUUAGAUCAAUAUGAUAAUAUUUUAAACAUAGCUCCUGCAGAAGGUAACAAUCCCAUUCGGUUACUUUCUGACAAAAGUAAUGAGGCUAAAAGUUUUCCAGCAUUGUUUCCAAUGGGUGGUCCAACAUUUCAUGAUUUUAGAAAUCAGCGGCUUACACUGUCACGCUAUUUUAACAAUCGUAUUUUGAAUGCAGAUAGUAGGUUUGCUAACAAUAAUGAAUACAUCUUCUAUGCUCAGUAUAUGAGUGAAGUAGAACAGGUUUCAUCUAGCAUAUCAAUAGCAAUGCGCAAAGGCCAUAAUUCAAACACAUCUAGGGAAUUUUCUGCAGAGUUAGUGAAAGAUAGGCAAACCCUAAAGCAGUUUCUGAACUGUGAUGAUGGUUAUAGGUUUCUUCGACCCAUCAGAGGAACACCUGUGUAUUGGUCAGGUGUUCAAAAAGAUUUGUUUGCCAUGGUAAGGCAGCUUGGCAUACCUACAUUUUUUUGUUCCUUCAGUUCAGCAGAUAUGAGAUGGGACAAUUUAUUAGAAAGCAUGCUGCAACAGGAAAACAGGACUGAUAAUGUAGACAGUUUAGAUUGGGCAGAUAAAUGUGGCCUAUUGCGACGUAACCCAGUUAUAGCAGCACGCAUGUUUGAUUUUAGAUGGCAUACAUUUUUAAAUAAAGUAAUCUUGUCACCGAGUCAACCGAUAGGUAAAGUACUGGAUUAUUUUUAUCGUGUUGAGUUUCAGCAAAGAGGGAGUCCCCAUGUACAUGCAAUGUUUUGGGUGGACAAUGCUCCUCAAAUUGAUAAAGAUGAUGACAAUAAUGUGGUAAAAUUCAUAGACCAAUAUAUAUCAUCUGAAUUACCAAGGAAUGACAAUGAACUUGUUGAAAUUGUCUCAACUGUUCAAAUGCACAGUAGGAGGCAUUCAAAAACGUGUCGAAAGCGCAACAGUGUAUGUCGUUUUAAUUUUCCACGACCACCUUCAAAUAAAACGUUUAUUUCUAGAAAAACAAAAGAAGAGGAAUCAACUAAAAAGUGCAGUUGCAGUGCAGUUUCCUGUACAUGUCCUUGUGAAGUCUCAAAUAAGGUCAUGAAUAAAGAACAGGCAACAAAAAUAUUAGCUAUGGUAAGGUCAGCUAUAUCUACAGAUACAAAUACUUGUAAUACAGUUUCUGAGUUGUUUGCCAGUAUUGGUAUUAACCAAGAAAUGUUUGAACUGGCCUAUAACAUUGCUGGCAGAAAAACUCAAGUUGUUCUGAAAAGAGAAAUUACAGAUUUGUGGGUAAAUCCCUAUAAUAAAAACUUACUGAAGGCUUGGAAUGCUAAUAUGGAUAUUCAAUAUAUAGUAGAUGCAUAUGCAUGCAUUGUAUACAUCAUUUCAUACAUUUCCAAGGCUGAAAAGGAGAUGGGAUUGUUAUUAAGUGCUGCCCAUCGUGAAGCUUCAAAGCACAACAAUGUUGAUGUAAAAGGCACAUUGCAACAAUUGGGCAGUGUUUAUUUACAUAAUCGGGAUGUAGGUGCUCAAGAAGCAGUGUAUAGACUGACAAAUAUGCAUCUAAAAGAAGCUUCACGUAAAGUAGAGUACAUACCCACAGGUGAUAAUUGUGUUCGGCUGAGCCUGCCACUAAAAGUGCUUCAGCAGAAAGCACAGUCAAAUGAGCUUACCGAAAAAGCCAUGUGGAUGACAAACCAUGUUGAUAGGUAUAAAGCAAGGCCAGUAAGAGACCCUUUUCAGGACAUGUGUAUAGCAGUAUUUGUGUCUCAAUAUCGUGUUGUGGGCAGAACAGAGAAAUGUGCAGACAAAAUUCAGCUGCAAAACAAUGCAGGGUUUGUUAAAAAAAGAACUAGGUCAAAGCCAGCGGUUGUAAGGUAUGCAAGAUUCUCUGUUGAUUCCAAUCCUGAAAAAUAUUAUCAAAGUAUUUUGCAAUUAUUCUUGCCAUACCGCUGUGAAAAUGACUUAAAACCAGCUGACUUCCCAACAUUUGAACUAUUUUAUCACAAUGGCCAAUAUGAAAUAAAUGGCUCAAUGCAAAAUGUGAAAAAUGUAGUAGAUGAAAAUAAGCAAUUAUUUGAAAAAGAUGAUGAAAUUCUUUCUCAAGUUCAGCAUGUUGUGGUAGAUAAUGGUAGUUUAGAAGAUGCAUGGUGUGAGAUGUGUCCGGAGCAAGAGUCAGAGCGCUUAGAAUGCCAGGAGGAAAAAACAGAAAGACCAGUAGAGGCUGAGGAGCAUGUAGAUCAAAUUCCUGAUUUAUCUGUUCCAAGUGUAAAAAAACAUAGUUUUGAGCCAAAUUUGAAUGUACUUUGUAGAUCAGAUGCUCUCAAUCUGCUGAGGUCUCUUAACUCUGAGCAAAAAGACACAUUUUAUCAAGUAAGACAGUGGUGUUUAGAUAAAGUUAGAGGGAAACAGCCAGAGCCUUUCCAUUUGUUUAUUACUGGAGGUGCAGGAACAGGGAAGACACACUUAAUUAGAAGUAUUCAUUAUGAAGCAACCAGGCUUUUAUCACAAGUUUCAAGUGCUCCAGACAAGGUGUCAGUGCUAUUAACAGCUCCUACUGGAAUUGCUGCAUUUAACUUGGGAGCUGGUACAAUUCAUUCUACAUUUUCAAUAGGGACAGAUGUAAAACUUCCCUACACACCUUUAGGAGAAGAAAAAUUGAAUACGUUGCGUGUUUUAUUUAGUGAUUUACAUAUAUUGAUCAUAGAUGAGAUUUCUAUGGUAGAUCACAGUCUUCUAGCUUACAUUCAUGGUAGAUUACGACAAAUAAAGCAGACAGGCGACUACUCUCCUUUUGGGAAAGUUAGUGUAAUUGCAGUAGGAGACUUUUUCCAGCUGCCUCCAGUAAAGGGAAAGCCACUAUACUUGGAAAAUGCCCCAUUAGAUUUGUGGAAUGGCAUAUUUUCUAAGUCAGAGUUAACCACCAUUGUUAGACAGAAAGACUCUGCUUUUGCUGAAAUUCUGAAUAGACUACGCACACAUCACAGGUCUACACCAUUAUCACUGCAGGAUGUACAUGCUCUUAAACAGAGGGAAACUGGGGAAACAUCUUCUGCGCUGCAUAUUUUUGCAACAAAUGCUCAGGUAGAAGAGCAUAAUGUUAAGCAAAUUAUUGCAUCUUGCCCUGAACAUAUUUGUGUAGAGGCACAAGAUUAUGAAAAAAAUCGCCAAACUGGAAAAAUGCAGCUUAAAAAUGGACACUUUUCUAAAGUAUUUAAUUCAUGCUUACCAGAAAAGUUGUUAAUAGGAGAAGGUGCACGAGUAAUGCUAAUUAAAAAUAUUGAUGUUACUGAUGGGCUUGUGAAUGGUGUCUGUGGUACUGUUACAGACAUAGCACAUGAUAAAAAUAGCACAUUGGUGAAAACUGUGUUUGUUCAAUUUGAUGAUCAAAAAGUUGGCCAAAAUAGUCGAAAGCGUACACCACCACCUAGACAUAUCAUACAUUCAACACCAAUUAAUUUGGAAGAGGAGCGUGUUAAUAGCAAGGGAGGAUUGCGCAAGCAAUUUCCAUUAAAAUUGGCUUGGGCUUGCACUGUGCACAAAGUGCAGGGACUAACGGUAAAACAAGCAGUUAUAUCACUUAAAAAGAUUUUUGCACCUGGACAGGCUUAUGUUGCUUUAAGUCGAGUAGAGACUUUAAGUGGGUUAAUCAUUCAGGAUUUUGCUGAUAAAGCAAUUUAUUGUAGAAGUAAUAUCCAGGAAUGUAUUAAUAACAUGGCACAAUUUUCAUUAUAUAAUGUCAGUCCAAUUAAAACGCAGAACUCUUUUUCGGUUCUUUUAAUGAAUGUUCAGGGUCUAAAUUGUCAUUUGUUAGACUUAACUGCUUCAGCACAAUCCUUUAGUUAUCCUUGUAUAGCGGUAACAGAGACUUGGCUACCUGCAAAUGUAUCAGGUGAUUCGACUCACAUUGAAGGUUACCAGUUUCAUAGUGCUCCACGUUGCCUUGCUUACAGUUCAGACAACCCUCUGUUAAAAUCAAUUCAGCAACAACAACAUGGGGGUGUUGGAAUGUACUGCAAAGAUAAUACUGAUUAUAGUAUUUUAGACAUUUCAGGUGUAAAUAUAGAAUGCAUUAUAUGUCAAUUCAACCAACUUGAAAUAAUCAUAGUUGUGAUAUACAGACCACCACAAUAUUGUUUAUCAUUGUUCCAAAAAUACAUCAGUCAAUUAUGCAAUACAUUAUGCAAUUUGUCAGAUAACAUCUUUCUAAUUGGCGAUUGGAACCAUGAUGAACUGAAAUCUCAUGCCAUGUCUAUGUUUAUGGAAAAUCUAGGCUAUUCUCAGUGUGUAACAGAAUGUACCACUGAAAAUGGAACGCUAAUUGAUCAUGUGUACAAAAAAAUGACAUCUAACUAUACCAUCAAUACACAAGUUAUGCCAAUGUAUUUUAGUUCACAUGAAGCAAUUUAUUGUACAUUUUCACAAACAUAAGUGUUCCUCUCAAAUAUAAAAAAAACUAUUAAAAACUAUAAUCAUAAGUAUAUCACUAAUUUAAUGUGUACAACUUUAGCAUAAUCCAAUUGUCUCGUGUCAGCAAAAAUGUAUCUAGGUAAUGUAAAUAUAUACAGCUGCAAAAUUAUGAAAAUUAUUUAUUUAUUAUUUACUAAUAAGUCUGAGUACUUGGUGGUUGAGACAAUGGACCAUGAACACAGUGUUAGACUGUGCUUCUGGAUCCUUGUGAAACCAGUACCAGACUAUAACUGUUGCUGUGUUCUGCUCACAACAACAUUAAAACCUAAAAACAUGAACUUUAAUAUUUAUUAUAUUAUGAAAUUUAAUAGUACUUUUACAAACUGCUGUGUUCUGCCCACAACACUAAAAACCUAAAUAUAUUAACUUACCUAUUUCUAUGAUGAUUUUUAAUACUAAUUUAAUUAAUUGUAUUUAUGUAAUGUUAAAUAGGUCUGAGUACUUGGUGGUUGAGACAAUGGACCAUGAACACAGUGUUAGGCUGUGCUUCUGGAUCCUUGUGAAACCAGUACCAGACUAUAACUGUUGCUGUGUUCUGCCCACAACAACAUUAAAAACCUAAAAACAUGAACUUAAAUAUUUAUUAUAUUAUGAAAUUUAAUAGUACUUUUACAAACUGCUGAAUUCUGCUUCCAACAACAUUAAAAACCUAAAAACAUGAACUUAAAUAUUUAUUAUAUUAUGAAAUUUAAUAGUACUUUUACAAACUGCUGUGUUCUGCUUCCAACAACACUAAAAACCAAAGAACAUGCUGUAUCAUAUUUAUAUAAUGAUAUUUAAUACUACUUUUAUUUAUUUAUGUAAUGCUAAAUAGGUCUGUGUACUUGGUGGUUGAGACAAUGGACCAUGAACACAGUGUUAGGCUGUGCUUCUGGAUCCUUGUGAAACCAGUACCAGACUAUAACUGUUGCUGUGUUCUGCUCACAACAACACUAAAAAACUAAAAACAUGAACUUAAAUAUUUAUUAUAUUAUGAAAUUUAAUAGUACUUUUACAAACUGCUGAAUUCUGCUUCCAACAACAUUAAAAACCUAAAAACAUGAACUUAAAUAUUUAUUAUAUUAUGAAAUUUAAUAGUACUUUUACAAACUGCUGUGUUCUGCCCACAACACUAAAAACCUAAAUAUAUUAACUUACCUAUUUCUAUGAUGAUUUUUAAUACUACUUUAAUUAAUUGUAUUUAUGUAAUGUUAAAUAGGUCUGUGUACUUGGUGGUUGAGACAAUGGACCAUGAACACAGUGUUAGACUGUGCUUCUGGAUCCUUGUGAAACCAGUACCAGACUAUAACUGUUGCUGUGUUCUGCUCACAACAACAUUAAAAACCUAAAAAUAUGCUCUAACAUAGUAAUAUAAAGAUAUGUAACAGUACUUUUACAAAUUGCCUGUUAUUUUGCUUUUAUUAUUAUAUCUUUAAUAUAACUCUGUAUUAACAACAAAGCAUAAUUGGUCCUCCGAAGAGGGGGGGUGGUGGCGGGCCCAAAAAUUAUCUUAAAUAUUUAUAUAAUAUUUUAUAUUAUUUUCAUUAAUUGUCUUCCUAAAAUUGUUAAAUAGGUCUGAGUACUUGGUGGUUGAGACAAUGGACCAUGAACACAGUGUUAGGCUGUGCUUCUGGAUCCUUGUGAAACCAGUACCAGACUAUAACUGUUGCUGUGUUCUGCUCACAACAACACUAAAAACCUAAAAACAUGAACUUAAAUAUUUAUUAUAUUAUGAAAUUUAAUAGUACUUUUACAAACUGCUGAAUUCUGCUUCCAACAACACUAAAAACCAAAGAACAUGCUGUAUCAUAUUUAUAUAAUGAUAUUUAAUACUACUUUUAUUUAUUUAUGUAAUGCUAAAUAGGUCUGUGUACUUGGUGGUUGAGACAAUGGACCAUGAACACAGUGUUAGGCUGUGCUUCUGGAUCCUUGUGAAACCAGUACCAGACUAUAACUGUUGCUGUGUUCUGCUCACAACAACACUAAAAAACUAAAAACAUGAACUUAAAUAUUUAUUAUAUUAUGAAAUUUAAUAGUACUUUUACAAACUGCUGUGUUCUGCCCACAACACUAAAAACCUAAAUAUAUUAACUUACCUAUUUCUAUGAUGAUUUUUAAUACUAAUUUAAUUAAUUGUAUUUAUGUAAUGUUAAAUAGGUCUGAGUACUUGGUGGUUGAGACAAUGGACCAUGAACACAGUGUUAGGCUGUGCUUCUGGAUCCUUGUGAAACCAGUACCAGACUAUAACUGUUGCUGUGUUCUGCCCACAACAACAUUAAAAACCUAAAAACAUGAACUUAAAUAUUUAUUAUAUUAUGAAAUUUAAUAGUACUUUUACAAACUGCUGUGUUCUGCUUCCAACAACACUAAAAACCAAAGAACAUGCUGUAUCAUAUUUAUAUAAUGAUAUUUAAUACUACUUUUAUUUAUUUAUGUAAUGCUAAAUAGGUCUGUGUACUUGGUGGUUGAGACAAUGGACCAUGAACACAGUGUUAGGCUGUGCUUCUGGAUCCUUGUGAAACCAGUACCAGACUAUAACUGUUGCUGUGUUCUGCUCACAACAACACUAAAAAACUAAAAACAUGAACUUAAAUAUUUAUUAUAUUAUGAAAUUUAAUAGUACUUUUACAAACUGCUGAAUUCUGCUUCCAACAACAUUAAAAACCUAAAAACAUGAACUUAAAUAUUUAUUAUAUUAUGAAAUUUAAUAGUACUUUUACAAACUGCUGAAUUCUGCUUCCAACAACAUUAAAAACCUAAAAACAUGAACUUAAAUAUUUAUUAUAUUAUGAAAUUUAAUAGUACUUUUACAAACUGCUGAAUUCUGCUUCCAACAACACUAAAAACCAAAGAACAUGCUGUAUCAUAUUUAUAUAAUGAUAUUUAAUACUACUUUUAUUUAUUUAUGUAAUGCUAAAUAGGUCUGUGUACUUGGUGGUUGAGACAAUGGACCAUGAACACAGUGUUAGGCUGUGCUUCUGGAUCCUUGUGAAACCAGUACCAGACUAUAACUGUUGCUGUGUUCUGCUCACAACAACAUUAAAAACCUAAAAACAUGAACUUAAAUAUUUAUUAUAUUAUGAAAUUUAAUAGUACUUUUACAAACUGCUGAAUUCUGCUUCCAACAACAUUAAAAACCUAAAAACAUGAACUUAAAUAUUUAUUAUAUUAUGAAAUUUAAUAGUACUUUUACAAACUGCUGAAUUCUGCUUCCAACAACAUUAAAAACCUAAAAACAUGAACUUAAAUAUUUAUUAUAUUAUGAAAUUUAAUAGUACUUUUACAAACUGCUGUGUUCUGCCCACAACACUAAAAACCUAAAUAUAUUAACUUACCUAUUUCUAUGAUGAUUUUUAAUACUACUUUAAUUAAUUGUAUUUAUGUAAUGUUAAAUAGGUCUGUGUACUUGGUGGUUGAGACAAUGGACCAUGAACACAGUGUUAGACUGUGCUUCUGGAUCCUUGUGAAACCAGUACCAGACUAUAACUGUUGCUGUGUUCUGCUCACAACAACAUUAAAAACCUAAAAAUAUGCUCUAACAUAGUAAUAUAAAGAUAUGUAACAGUACUUUUACAAAUUGCCUGUUAUUUUGCUUUUAUUAUUAUAUCUUUAAUAUAACUCUGUAUUAACAACAAAGCAUAAUUGGUCCUCCGAAGAGGGGGGGUGGUGGCGGGCCCAAAAAUUAUCUUGAAUAUUUAUAUAAUAUUUAAUAUUAUUUUCAUUAAUUGUCUUCCUAAAAUUGUUAAAUAGGUCUGAGUACUUGGUGGUUGAGACAAUGGACCAUGAACACAGUGUUAGGCUGUGCUUCUGGAUCCUUGUGAAACCAGUACCAGACUAUAACUGUUGCUGUGUUCUGCUCACAACAACAUUAAAAACCUAAAAACAUGAACUUAAAUAUUUAUUAUAUUAUGAAAUUUAAUAGUACUUUUACAAACUGCUGAAUUCUGCUUCCAACAACAUUAAAAACCUAAAAACUUGAACUUAAAUAUUUAUUAUAUUAUGAAAUUUAAUA